AUGAAUGAAUGUCAGUUGAAUCGAAAAUCUGAUAUUUCAUCACCGACUGUAUCGACUGAUAGUGGAAUACAAAUGAAUAUCGAACAAUUAGCAAUGACUACUGAAGAUGCUAUUCUUCCGUCCGGAUGGGAACGAUUUGAAGACGAACAAGGCGUUUACUAUUGGCAUAAACGAACUGGAACAGUUACACGUGAACGUCCAGAUUUAACUGUUGAUUCACCUUCAUCGACACUUUCGUCAUCCUCAUCCUCAUCAUUGAACGAUGCAUGCUUUGACUCCAAUUCACUAUUGGAUAAAAGUGAUUCGAGUCCUUCAAUAAAAGCUACAGAUGAAACAACUACCCAACAGCAUCGUUUUUAUGUCCGUUCGCUUGGCUGGACGGUGGUUGAUGAGCAAGAUUUAACCACUGAACGGAGUAGUCGUACUGUGAACCAUUGCAUUCAUGAGUUAACACGCGGCAUCAACGAUGGUAUCGGUCGAUGGGGUGAAGGCAAAGAUCUCUACAUGGAUAUUAACAACACUGAUAUACUUCUAAUCGAUCCAAGUGAAAUGACUAUUUUGCAUAAACAGGCAAUCCCAUCGAUUCGAGUUUGGGGCGUUGGAAGAGAAAAUGCCAGAGAUUUUGCUUAUGUUGCCAAGGAUAAGGAUAAAUCUGCUCGAAUCUAUAAAUGUCAUGUCUUUCGAUGUGAUAACGCAUCGGCAAGAAUUAUUGCGAAUACAUUACGUGAUAUAUGUCGAAAUUUGAUGAUGGAACGAGGUUUACUGACGAAAACAACAGAAGUUGUAAACGACGAUCUAUCGAUACACAGACGAUCAAAAUUAUUUGCCGAAUCGUCAAAUGAUGGAACAAAUAUCUCGUUUCCAUCACCGAUAGAAGAGCCAAUGAAUGACCUGUUCUGUACGUAUCUGGGCUGUGUUUACGUUGAUAAACCAGGUGGAAUGGAGGUGCUUCGGCCGGCUAUUGAAAGAGUAUCGACAACAGUACCCGAAGACAAAUGGCUUCCAGUCACUGUGAACAUUUCACCAUCCUCAUUUACAAUCUCUUCAAAUAAUGAUUCGAAAGAACAACUACUUGAUUGUCGUAUUCGUUAUUUAUCAUUUCUUGGCGUUGGGCAAGAUCCAACUUUCUGUGGAAUAAUUAUACACUGUGCUGAUAACUCAUUCAAAUGUCAUGUUUUUCAUUGUCUACCAUCGUGUAUACAACUUUGUAAAAAUAUUGAAGCUGCUUGCAGAGUUCGCUAUCAAAAAUGCAUCGAUGCUCAUCCACAAGCCGCCCGACAAAUUGAACCAACUAAAAGUUAUGGUGCUCAAUUAAAAAGCCUUGUUGAAUCAUUUUGGUUUGGAAAUAAGCAAUCUGUUUGA